UCCGCGUGCACGUUCUCUUUCCUUUGCGAGCCUGACACAGACAGGCGUCAAUAAGUCGCCAUGCCGGUUGCCAGGACUUGGGUUUGUAGUAAGACGUAUGUCACCCCCAGACGUCCCUUCGAGAAAUCACGUCUCGACCAGGAGUUGAAACUCAUUGGCGAGUAUGGCCUCAGGAAUAAGAGAGAAGUCUGGCGGGUGAAGUUCACUCUGGCCAAAAUCCGCAAAGCUGCCAGAGAGCUUCUCACUCUGGAUGAGAAGGAUCCUAAGCGUCUCUUUGAAGGUAACGCUUUGCUCAGGCGUCUGGUGCGCAUUGGUGUGCUGGAUGAGGGCAAGAUGAAGCUCGAUUACAUUUUGGGCUUGAAAGUGGAGGACUUCUUGGAGAGGAGGCUGCAGACUCAGGUCUUCAAGCUUGGCCUGGCCAAGAGCAUCCACCAUGCUCGUGUGCUUAUCCGUCAGAGGCACAUCCGCUGACCAUGUUUAAACUUCCCCCGGUGAGAGGGAAUGAAAUAUUCUGCAAGGUCAAUUCGGUGAUUAAACCGUAUACCUUUGCUUGUAAAAAAAAUAAGCCCAAAAACCACAGCUUCCCAUGACGUCUGGGGUGCUUUAUUGCACGAAACAGAGUCUACCAGGUAAUGUGGGUGCUUUGGUAAAACAAGAAACUACACUUCUCUUGGCCAGUGAUUAAGCUUAAAACUGUCAGAUUGUCAGUGGUGUCAAGAAUUCCUCGUCAAUGAGGCCUCGAGAUCAGCAGCCUCAGUUGUUAAGUCU